AUGGCCAACUCAUACCCUUCGGGCUCGCCGGGGGUUCCAGAUUCGAGCAUGCCGACUGGGGCUCCCGGAUUCAUGCCACGAAGGUCCUCGUAUGCCUCAGUCGUUUCCGGAACUGCUCCACCAAUGUCACAAUCAUUCCAGCAGCCACUAAGAUCGGGUGCCUUCUCACACCUACUCAACCAAAAUGCCGACUUCAACUACGAUCCAAACUAUCAAUAUCUGAGCGGGCAUAUGCGAUACGAUUCUAGAGCGUACGAUAUGGACUUCGGCGCAAAUGGGGCUUACCAUGGACGGUCUGGAUCCUUGGGGCGGAAUGGAUAUCUACCUAGCUUUUCGAGUGCAUAUGGGUCGGUCAUGAAUGGGACUGGAUAUAGCGUCUUUGGGAUUGGGCAUAACGACUAUUUCUUCGUGCCCUCGUAUCUGCGUGGCUCGAAAUACGUCCAGAAGCUAGAAGAAGCACACAAGGCGAAAAUCCAGGCUCAUAAAGAUAAUGCCUCUGCUCAGUCCUCCCAAGCGGGGUCGCUGUCCACGAGCGCGAGCAGCGUAAAUCUGCAUGCGAAGAUGCCUGCCUCCCACCGGGGCAUAGCUUACGAGGUUAUUGAGAAAUCUCCGCCUGAAGACGGCACCUUAGCACCCUUACCCUCGAGAUGGAAUAGCCAGGACAAGUAUGGGGGGCUGGAGGUCUUAUCAGAUGGGCAGGAGGUUAAAUUUACGGCGCAAAAGACUGAUCGGGAUCGGGAUCACGAAGCAUGUGCCAUCAGGGCGGAUCACCCCAUGCCCCCGCAAUGCGGAAUUUAUUAUUUCGAAGUAACCAUCAUGUCACGCAAGCGGGAAGAAAGCUCUAUUGGCAUCGGAUUCUCGAGUAAGGAUGUACCGUUAUCGAGACUACCUGGAUGGGAACCGGAAUCAUGGGCGUAUCACGGCGACGAUGGACACUCAUUCGGUUGCCAGAGCACCGGCAAGCAUUACGGACCACCAUUUGCAGCUGGUGAUAUUAUUGGUUGUGGUGUAAAUUUUAGAACUGGAUCUGCUUUCUUCACCAAAAAUGGAGAUCAUUUAGGUACUGCCUUCCGCGAGAUAAAGGGGAAGCUCUUUCCCUCGGUAGGAAUGAAGAAGUCAGGCGAGCAUAUUAGAGUGAAUUUCGGGCAAAGUCCAUUUGUCUUUGACAUUGAUGGCAUGAUGUCGGUCAGUCCUAUCUCCUCCACCGAACUCCGGCCAACUGGCCAGCCCACCUUUGGAGCAGGGACUCCUUCCAGCUCCUACCAUCGGAGACUCAGAGAAUUCCUCGCAUCAGCGACGACCUUUGUCCCUGCUGGUGUGGGCGAAGGUCUCCGGUCGUGGUUAAAGACUUCUAUGCUGGCCGAGAAAACCAAAAUUUAUCAAGAGAUCGGAGAGACAAGUACCGCGAAACUUGCUCCUCCUCUGAACGAGACCGAACUGAUACAAUCACUGGUCCUUCAAUUCUUGAGCCAUGAGGGUUACGUAGAAACCGCCAGGGGGUUUGCAGACGAAGUGCACUCAGAAAGAAAAGCCCUAACCCUGGAUCCCAACGUAGAGCUUGAGACCUUCGACAUUAAGGAAGAUGAGGAUGCUGGUCAUCGGCAGCGGAUCCGUGCUGCUAUCUUAGAGGGCGAUGUCGAAAGAGCUCUAAAGUACACUAACGCCUUCUACCCUCAAGUCCUUAAGGAGAAUGAGCACGUUUACUUCCGGUUAAGAUGUCGAAGAUUCAUCGAGAUGAUUCGGCAGGGCGCUGAAAUGCAGAACCCCACUGCUACGCCCGCCGCCAAGAAGAGUAAUGGCCAUAGCGGGGAUUGGUACGAUGAUAUUAUCAACCACGAGAUGGAACUAGACGACCAGCAACCACAAGGAAAUAACUGGGAUCGCAUGGAUACGGAAGAAUCAUCCGAGAACCAGAUGCAGUAUCAGCAACUAUUGCAAGAGACGCUCGCAUAUGGAAAGGAUCUCCAAGCCGAGUUCAAAGAUGAUCCACGAAGGGAGGUUAGCAAAGCUCUCGAGGAGGCUUUUGCCCUGAUAGCAUACACAGAUCCUCUCAACGCAAAGGAAGUUUCUCAUCUAUUAGACCCCAAGGGCCGAGUCGCUGUUGCGGAGGAGUUAAACUCCGCAAUCUUGUCAUCCCUCGGUAAAUCCUCGUCCGCCGCCCUGGAACAGCUCUACCAGCAAACCAGCGUUCUCCUCGAAGAGUUGCGGGAAGGCGGUGGCCACGGCGCUUUCGUAAAUAUUGACGACUUUGCACGACCCAAACCCGGCAUCUGA